AGAACCCUAUAAAUAAAGGGUACUCCCCUAGUCAGUUGAUAUCGCAACGAUGAGAUUUGCCUGUUUGGUCGUGUUGCUCGUGGCGACGGGGACUUCAGAGGGAUGCUGUCCUCCCCCUCAGUUUGAAAGUAGGGCAGCGGGUAGAGGGUUGGAACUAUCAGAGAAUGGAGGCGAUCCCUACAGUGGAUAUUCUCGUCUAUACCACGAUGAAAAGAAAGGUAAAUACGUCAAGGACGUCAAAGUGGAAUUUGAAAAGGCGGGAAAAGUGACGCUGUUUGUUCUCGAAGACUACGCUGGAGGGAGAAGGUACACGGUUCUGAAUGGGAACUGCUCGGUCAAACCACUGACUGGAGAUUUCAACAGAGAGCUGUGUGUCAAACAGUCUGACUACAAAGGCAAAGCCGUGCUGGGCCUUAACGAUGACUUGCUUCCAAUGGAUUUGUAUGCAGUGAAUUACUCCAAUCCUGACUAUGAUAUAUAUGGCGAGGCUGUGGUUCUACCCAUCUCUGAAGGACGUUGCAUGCGGCAAACGGAAAUGAUCAACGCAAGAGUAAAGUCGAAACUGGUCGCUGUGGAAUCUGCUGUCGUUUUUAACACCACCACAAGUAUAUCAGAUCCUUCUAUAUUCGAUAUCCCAAAGGAAUGCAAAGGGAAUCUACAUCUAAAGAAAGUACCACCUUUCAACUUGAAUCUUCAUGCGAUCAAAAUCAGACUUUGAUUUACCCUAUUAAUACUGGGUUUUUAAAAAUAAAAUUUCUUUGUGUUAUCUUUCUUGAAGUAGAUAUAAAUGCACAUUUAUUUAAAUAUUCAUACAGGUUCUGUUAUUAUAGUUUCUGUUGUGUUAUUUGCAACAACAAUAUGUAUACAGCAAUACUGUUUUGUAAACUCACUGAAUCAGUAAAAAAUCAAUUCGUUUAAUGAAAAGG